AUGAUCGUCGACCCAGUCGAGGCUUUCAAGACGGUGCCUCUCUCGACGCCCAGCGUUUCGCCCAGUAUGUUUCCCUCGACGUCCCGAUACAAGCAGCAAGCAGCUUGACACUGACACUCCUGCAGUUCCGACCGUCGUCCCAACCCUCCCAGAGUACCAGAAUGCCACUGAGACCGGAGAGAGGACCCUCUGGUGAGUCUCGUGCGUCCGCAAGAGCAGCGCUGCCACAAGCUCCACAACAACAACAACAAUCAUCAUCUUCCGGAAGAGCCGGCGGUGCGGCGGUAUCAUUCAGAAUGGGAAUGUUGACAAUUUCCUAGGGUCGUCUUCGUUGUCAUGCUGGUCGCCUCCAUCGUCUUCGCAGGCCUGUCAUGGAACGUUCCAAUCGUAUGUUGCCUCCGCAUCUGUUCCGAGCAGGCAGUGAGCUGACAUCCUCCUAGUCCAAGCGUUUGUACCAUGUCGUGACCACCCUGAUCACCAUCACGGCCUCCAUCUCUUACUUUGCCAUGGCCACUGGUCACGCCGUUGGAUACCACCACGUCGUUGUCCGCGACUCCCACAAGCACGUCCCAGACACCGAGCGCGACAUCUACCGCCAGGUCUACUGGGCUCGUUACGUUGACUGGGCCUUGACCACUCCUCUCCUCCUUCUCGACCUCUGCCUCCUUGCUGGACUCAACGGCGGUACCAUCCUGAUUGCCGUGGUUGCCGACCUCAUCAUGAUCUUGACUGGUCUCUUUGCCGCCUACGGUUCUGAGGGAACUCCACAGAAGUGGGGAUGGUACGCCAUUGCUUGCAUCGCCUACCUCGUCGUCAUCUGGCACCUCGUUAUCCACGGCCGCGCUGCUGCUACUGCCAAGGGUGGCAAGGUCGGCAACUUCUUCGCUGCCAUCGGCGGCUUCACCCUCAUCAUCUGGACUGUCUACCCGAUGUAAGUAAUUUCAUACCUACCACUCUCAAGCUUCAGAGGCUAACAGUCUUUCAGCAUCUGGGGUAUUGCCGACGGUAGCCGCCACAUGAACAUUGACGAGGAGAUCAUCUCCUACGCUGUCCUGGACAUCCUCGCGAAGCCCAUCUUCGGUGCUUGGCUCCUCUUCACCCACUCCAGCAUGGCUGAGACCAACAUCGAAAUCGGCGGCUUCUGGUCCCACGGACUGGGCGCUGAGGGCACCAUUCGUGUCGGUGACGAUGACGAGGGUGCUUAA